AGAAGAGGAGGCGGCGGCGGCGGCGGGAGCAGCGCGGCAUGACAUGACGGCACCGCUCGGCCUCCCCCCGCGUUGGCCCGACGGCCUCGCCUGCCGCUGCGAGGACGCCCCGCGGGAGAAGAACCGCAUGGAAGGGCUGGGACACUGCCGGGAGAUGAUGCCGCACGCGGGACUCGCCGUCCCCACGGCCCCUCCGCCACCACCACCGCCUCAGGGAGCAGCGUACGCUGAGCUGGCAGCAGCCGAGCCCCCACGGCAGUGCCCGUCGGGGGCGGCUUCCAGCGCUACGCUGGGCUACGGUUACCCCUUCGGCGGGGGCUACUACGGCUGCAGGUUGUCCCACUCCCACGGAGUCAACUUGCAGCAGAAACCCUGCGCUUACCACCCCGGGGAGAAGUACCCCGAGGCCGGCGGGCCCCUGCCUGGCGAGGAGCUGCCGUCGAGGGCCAAAGAAUUCGCCUUUUAUCCCGGUUUUCCCAGCUCCUACCAGGCGGUCCCGGGCUAUUUGGACGUGUCGGUGGUACCGGGGCUCGGUGGUCAUCCGGAACCGAGACACGACGCUUUGCUUCCCAUGGAAGGUUACCAACACUGGGCUCUUUCUAAUGGCUGGGAUGGGCAAGUGUACUGCUCCAAAGAGCAAUCGCAGUCCGCACACCUCUGGAAAUCACCUUUCCCAGACGUGGUCCCCUUACAACCCGAAGUCAGCAGCUAUCGGAGGGGCCGGAAAAAAAGGGUCCCUUACACCAAAAUCCAGCUGAAAGAGUUGGAAAAGGAGUACGCGGCCAGCAAAUUCAUCACCAAAGAGAAGAGAAGGAGGAUUUCGGCCACUACCAACCUGUCUGAGCGCCAAGUGACUAUCUGGUUCCAGAACCGGAGGGUCAAGGAGAAGAAGGUGGUGAGCAAGUCCAAGACAGCGCAUCUCCACGCCACCUGACAGAGGAUGACUUUGGAGAAGGGGCAAGGAAAAGGAACAAGAAGCGUAAAUAUUUAUCUGGUAGCUUGUAUGAUGAGAUCAUCAGGACUCUGCUGAUUCCAAUUAGUUAUUUAAAAAAAUAUAGAAAAAAAUCGACAUUCAUGAAUGCAGAUGAGCAUCCCCCAAAAAAACCCACCGAGCGCAUCUUUGAUUUAUCCCUCCACCCCUCUCUGACUGUGAACCCCCCAGUUCUGCUCUGAAAAAUCCACUUGAUAAGGUUCAACUGUGUACAUUUUUGAAAGAAUAUACUCAUAAGCUAAGAGUGUAGUUAUGUUAAAGGGGAGAUGAACUCUGAAUAUCGCCCUGUAACGUUGUAUAGUCCGACCCCCUCACCAGUCUUCCCUAUCUCGGGCCAUUUCACCCACCGAUAUAUCAAUGUAUGGAGAACCUAUGGCAAAGUUGCAUCAGCUUCGUAUUUUCUCGGCACUAGGGACCGAAAAUAAGAAAUAAAGCUGCUAUUGUGGGAAGAAAACCAUUGCUCGGUAUCGCUUAAAUAUCCCGACCACUGAUUUUAGGUCCUAGAUGGAAGGGAGUUGCUGUACGAGACUAUUUUGGGUAUGUUCUCCUGAGGGUUUCUAUAUCUCUGCCGUAAAACUGGAAUGUCUGUGCUCCGCUGACAAGAUGGAAAAUACACAAUAUUGUCUUUGGGGUUUGUUUCUUUCCCUCUUUAACCCGGCUAAUUAUCGACAGUGUUCUUUGGAUAUGUAAAAGCAUCCUUUUUUAUUUUAAAUGUCUUGUAUAUGUAUAUAAUAUUGUGGUGUCCAGACGAUAUGUACCGACUGCA